AUGUUGGAGUUUAUGGAUUUCGUGCAGCAGUCCUUCUACAAUUCGUCGCGUUGGAGCUACGAGAAUAACUACACGAACCUGACGGCCACGUCGAGAGCUCUCCUGGACUUCGAUACCCCCCGCGGCUUCCACGUCGACAUCUCCUCCCUCUCAUCACCAAACUUCGCGACCUCCUACGCCCUCAGAAGCGUCGGCCUCGUCAACGGCUCGCUCUCCUAUCUCUACACCUCCCUCCCCCUCACCUCCGCCUUCCAACAAGCCGGCCGACUCAACCUCCACGAUGUAAUCCGCGGCUACCGACAAAUCCAGGAACUCCCCUCGCCCUCCUCGAUACGGCCACCGCCCUCCUCAGACCCAUCAUCCACAGAUACCGUCAAACCACCCACCCUCCUCUACGGCCGCCUCUACCUCCCCCAAAGCACCCUUGAAGCGCUCUACGUGCGCCGCCUCUCCCCGACAUGCCAGAUCAAAAUCAGCGCCGUCUCCUCCUCGCGUUUACGAAACGGCGGCACCCUCCUCGCCCUCCACCAACACGACGUCGGCAAAUACUCCACCGAAGCCCUCUAUUCCACCGACGGCGGCCUGCUCGGGUUCAAGGGGCUGUACAAUUUCGGUGCUGAUCCCCGCGUCCGUGCUACCCCCUCCACCUCCUCCACCUCCCCCAACGGCGCAGUAGCACCCUCAGCAACACCCCCAACCGAAGACCGCAUCCACGGCCGCUUCUCCGCCGGCGCAGAAGCCUACUACGGCACGCUCAACAAAUCCGGCGGCGUCAGUCUCGGCGGGCGCUUCGCCACUCUCCCCACCUACCACGGCAUACCCCUCACCGCGACUCUCACUUUGAAUCCUUUGAUGGGCAAUUUCAGCGCUACCUACGCUGUUAAAGCCGGCGAGGACGUCGCGCUGUGUAGUAGAUUCGAGUUCAACGCCUACAGCUACGAAAGCGAACUCGUCCUCGGAUGCGAGCUUUGGCGACGGAGCGUGAAGUUGCCUGUUAGGCUUAGCGGGAGGAGCAUGGCAGCUAAACUCGCAUGGCGCAGUGAGGAAGAGAUGUUCCCCCCUGUCCCUGCCCCCGUCCCUGCCCCUGCACCGACGGAUGGACUGCCAAUGGGGGUACGACUAAAUGGGAAGGACGAAAGAGGGGAGGUGACGGGGGUGUUUAAGGGGCGUGUGGAUGAGAAGUUGCGUGUUGGGGUGGUGUGGGAGGGGAGGGUGAAGGAUUUGCUUGUUUGUGUUGGGUCGACGCUUGAUUUGAGGAGGAGGGAUCAGCCGUUUAGGAGCUUGGGGGUGGAGUUGCAGUAUUCGUCCUGA